GCUAGGUUUGGGCUCUCUGGUGCUGGCUUUUUUGACCUGCUUCUCAGGACUGUGGACAAGGAUGACUACAGUAGGUGAGAGAUGAGGGAAACGAGACUGAAGGUGAAAGUUAGUGGGGCGGAGCUUCAGACCGACCUGUCAGGUAGGGUUAGACUAAAUGGCUUUCUGGAUCCCCUUCCCGAGGGGUUUGGAGACUAGCAGCAUUGGAGAAGACCUUUAAGUGUCGUGCUGGAAGACCUCUGAACUCGGUUGCCCAACUUGAUGCCCGGGAGCCCCCAAACGGCUAUUCUCAGGCAGGGGCGGGAGGCCAUCAAUUCCAUGGUUCCACUGGCGGUGGCCCCACGGCUGAGCCAAUCACUGCCCAGCCGAGGGAUAGGGGCGUGGACAAGCCGGAGAAAGUUACAAGGUGCUGGAAAGACAACGCAGGCCGGGAAGCCCCCGGGCAGAGCCGCUUGGAAAAGCCAAAUCCAGACUUCGCGGAGCGCCCGGCACAGAGAUCAAAGACGCAGACUGAAACCUAGAUGACCGGCCAAGCCAUGGCAUCCUGGGGUCUCCUUGCAUCUGGCACCUCCUUCGCGGCGUUUCGGGGGCUGCACUGGGGGCUGCAGCUUCUGCCGACCCCGGCAUCUGCUCGGGACCGCUGGAUGUGGCGGAAUAUUUUUGUUUCGCUGAUUCACAGCCUACUCUCUGGAGUAGGGGCGGUGGUCGGACUGUGGCUGUAUCCUCGGAUGGUCACCGACCCGAUUCAUGGCCACCCAUCGUGGGCACUGGUCCUAGUAGCAGUGUCAGUGGGUUAUUUCCUGGCAGAUGGAAUUGACAUGCUGUUGAAUCAGACGUUGGCCCAGGCCUGGGACCUUCUCUGUCACCAUUUGGUGGUCGUGAGCUGCUUCAGCACCGUGCUUCUAUCUGGCCACUUAGUGGGCAUCGCCAUGGUAUCUCUACUCCUGGAGCUAAACUCCAUCUGUUUGCAUCUGCGGAAGCUACUGCUGCUUUCCCGGAAGGCUUCGUCCUUAGCCUUCAGAGUAGCCAGCUGGGCCACCCUGAUCACCCUGGCCCUCUUCCGCCUUCUACCUCUGGGAUGGAUGAGUCUGUGGUUGUUUCGGCAGUGUUUCCAGGUGUCUCCCGGGAUCGUCAUCCUUUGUGGCACUGGGCUGGUCACCGUGGGUAGCAUGAGCAUCUCUCUGGGUGUCCACAUUCUGAGCAGGGACGUCUUGCAGCGUCCACCUCACACAUCGAUCCACGUGCGCAAGGGGACUCAGCAGACCAAGACACGGGAGUCUGUCCCCAAUAACAAUUCCGCUGGCAGGCUGAAAGCCUAGAGGAGGGGAGGGUCCCUCUUCUGUCAGCCCUGGAGGUGGGCAGGAGGAUGAACCCAGGCAGGAGAGAGAAAAAGAAAG